CCCUGAGCUCUGCUGCUCACGUGCCCUGCUGACCCGAGAUGGAGAACUUCCAGUACAGCGUCCAGCUGAGUGACCAGGACUGGGCUGAGUUCUCAGCCGUGGCGGAGGAGUGUGGGCUCCUGCAGGCCGGCCUGGCCUCUGGAGAUGAGCUUCUGUCCAGUGACAUUGACCAAGGGGACAGCAGUGGCAGCAGUCCCCCCGGGCCCCAGCCCCUUCUCAGGGGGAGUGGCUGGCCUGGCUUUGAGGAGGUGGACCAGGAGGCCACGAAGCAGCUGGUCAGCCGGUCUUGGCAAGAGCCCGUCCUGGCCCUGGGGGCCGAUCAGCAGAUGCCCAGCUCAUCAGCACAGUCAGGAGCCCGGCCGGCCCUUGGCUCUGGCGCCGCCUCUCCCGACCAGAGCACGUCCCUCCAAGGGCCAGUAUCUUCCAGAGACGAGAUGCAGAGGCUUCUGCAGGGGCCAGCCCCCCGGGACCCUGCCCCUUGUCCCUCUGGUGAGCCUCCACCGAGUCCCGAGUCCCCAGGCCGCAGCACUCUGCCCCAGAGACCCCCCAGCAGCCCCGGAGCCCUGCCCCGAAGCCCCAGCCGAAAGAAGAGGCGCUCUGCUGGUUCCAAGGGGAGUGGGCGCUCAGGCGCCGCAGGCUCUGCUCCCACCCGGCUGGGCUCCCCGCUGCUCACUGAGGCCAGGUCUGAGGAGGGUCUUGGCCCGGCUGGGUCCGGGAGGAAGGGUCUCUCAGCGGGGACGGCUGAGCAGACGGCAGAGCGGACAGCCGAGCGGACGACAGGAGCCGGGCAGGACAGCCUGGGCCCCGAGUCUUCUGGAGCCCUUGAGCAGGUGGCCCGGCCAGGGCCAGGACUGGAUCUGCCUACACUUGUCCCUACUACUGAGCAAAGUACAGACCUUCUCAGAAUGACCCCCAGAGCUGAGCUACAUGCUGUGUCCACACCUGCCCAGGAACCUUGUCCAGAUUUCUCAGCAGCUAAGUCAGACACUGCUCUGUCUACACCCGCCUCCAAGCUUUGUCCCGAUCCCACUCUGUCUAUACCCGCCUGCAAGCCUAGGCUGGAUGUGGACCUGCCCCUGUUGGACCCAGAGGUCAAGCCAGAGGGGGACUCAUCUGUACCUGUCUCAGAGGCGCAGUCCGAUGUGGAUGUAUCUACACCUGCCCCCAUUCCCCAGGCUGGGCAAGACACAAUGGAGACCGAGGUUGCCCCACUGGCCAAGUUGGAUUUGAGCUCUGUUGUGUCUUCAGGGGGGCACCGAGAGGAGCCCAAAGAGGAGACCUCAGCAGGUGCCCCCGGACACCCCUCUGGGGAGCCCCCCCCAGGUCCCGUCCAAGUACCCAGGAAGAAGAAAGUGCGGUUCUCUAUGGCUGUGCCCAGCCCCAAGGAGCCAGGGUCAGAAGAGGCCUUGCGCCCGCUCUCACCAGCCACAGCCUGGCCCUCAGCCCCCAGGACAGCAGCGGGGGGCCGCGGGGGGCCUGGAGCUUGGGACGCAGUGGCAGUUGGGCCCCGGCUUCCCCAGCCUCGGAUCCUGAAGCACCUGCCCCCUCCUUCCCCUUAUGCCUCUGGGGGACCUGGGUAUAGGAGUUGCUUUGCAGUGACCGUCCCAGAGGCCUACGAGUUCUUUUUCUGUGAUACUAUCGAGGAGGAGAAUGAAGGUGCUGAGGAGGAGGCAGAGGCCGGUGAGGGCCAGGCCCAAGUCCAGUGGCCAGAAGUGUGUGAGUUCUUUUUCCGGGACAGCCGAGCCAAGAGGUCUGGGCACUGGGGGGGCCAUUCCCCAGCCCCAACCCCCCAAGCCAAGCCUGCCCCAGCCCCUCUGCCUGGAGACCCCAAGCCCAUCUCCAUCCCCGAGGCCUAUGAACACUUCCUUGGGGAGGACAAGUCGGAGGGCGUGCUGGGGCCAGCUGCCCUCCUCCAGCUUCAGGCCACAGAAGCCCCCACGUCAGUGCCCCAGGGUGUGAAGCCUGGCCCUCCACCGGAGCCCAGCCCAACGGCGGCAGAGCAGCUCGACCUGGUGCUCAGGCAAGCAGGGGAGCCGCUGGGUCCCCUCACCUCGUUUACCUUCAGCCAGAAUGACAUGUGCCUGGUGUUUGUUGCUUUUGCCACCUGGGCUGUGAGAACAUCAGAUUUGCAUACCCCAGACGCCUGGAAAACAGUCUUGCUGGCCAACAUCGGCACCAUCUCUGCCAUCCGCUACUUCCGCCGGCAGGUAGAGCGGGGACGCCGCAGCCCCAGUCCCAGCCCCUAG